AGGAAGAAAUUAAUUUUAAAAAAAAAAGAAAAAAAAAAAAGUGGGUUCUUUGUUUGUUUGUUUGUCUCGAUUAAUAUAGAAAGUUCUGAUUGUGUUUCGGUUGUUUUUAGCAAAUCUCUCGAUCUCUCCAUUCUUUUCGUCAGAGAGACACUCUCUUAUUUCAAGAGUUGUGAAAAUGUUAUUCGGCAUUGUGGAGUCAAUUGGACUGGGUCUGAAAAUGUUUUCCCGCAGCGAAUUGUUGCCAAUUUUGGUGAAUUCAUUUUCUGUCUGUUGUAAAGAGACAUGAGUUAGGGUUUUGAGCUGUUGUGCAAAUGUCUGUUGAAAGUGUUACCGGCUCCAUUUUAUUCUAUUCGAUUAAGCCUCUUCUGUGUGGGAAGCAAAUGUUCUAGAGAAGUGAAGCAGUAUGUUUACUUGUGAUUCUUGUUUUUGAUUUGUGUAUUCUGAUCAUUUGAGUACUAAACCAAGAGCCAACAAAAAGAGAAGAGAGUUAUAUUGGAUGGGUAAUAAGCUGGGAAGGAGGAGACAAGUGGUGGAUGAGAGGUACACAAGACCGCAAGGGUUAUAUGUUCACAAAGAAGUGGAUGCUAAGAAGCUUAGGAAGCUAAUUCUUGACUCUAAGCUUGCUCCUUGCUAUCCUGGGGAUGAUGAGUGUUGCUGUGAUCUUGAAGAGUGCCCUAUAUGCUUCUUGUAUUAUCCAAGUCUCAAUCGAUCAAGAUGUUGCAUGAAAGGCAUUUGUACAGAGUGUUUUUUGCAGAUGAAGAAUCCCAAUUCUAGUCGCCCUACUCAAUGUCCUUUCUGCAAAACAUCAAAUUAUGCUGUGGAGUAUCGAGGUGUGAAAACGAAGGAGGAAAAAGGCAUUGAGCAAAUUGAAGAACAACGUGUUAUAGAAGCAAAAAUUAGGAUGCGACGGCAGGCACUUCAGGAUGAGGAAGAGAGAAUGCAAAAAAGACAAGAAUUAAGUUCUUCGAGCACAAGCGUGGCACCAGGAGAGGUUGAAUACAGCUCAAUGGCUGCUCCAUCUGCUAGAUAUGUGGAAGGUGAUGAAAUUGUAUCAAUACAAGAUUCACGUGCUACUCCAUUUAUAAGACAACCUUCACACCCUACACAAAACAGAGAUGAUGAGUUUGACCUGGAUUUGGAAGAUAUAAUGGUCAUGGAAGCAAUAUGGCUUUCAAUUCAGGAGAAUGGCAGACAAAGGCACCCUGUUUAUAAUGGUGCUUCUUCUGGCCAGUAUGUUACAGAGGAUUGCUAUGUCUCAUCAACCGUGGCUCCAAUGGCGGAUACAUCAUCAUCCCCUUCUGGUGGUCUUGCUUGUGCAAUAGCUGCCCUUGCUGAGCGUCAGCAAACAGGUGGAGAAGCAUCUAUAAACCAUAGUGCGAAUAUUUCAGGAUUCAACAUGCUUCCGGGUAGUAGGAGGUUCCAUGAUAGGGUGGACAGAGUUGUGGAGAACUAUCCUCCAGCAGAGAGCUCCACCAACUCAUCGCCUGUUGGCAGAGUGGAAGCAGCUAGAGAUGAAGGCGAAUGGGGUGUAGAUCAUGGAUCAGAAGUGGCCGAAGCAGGUACUAGUUAUGCAAGCUCUGAUGUCGUAGAAGAUGAAGUUGGAAUUUCAGGAAUUCCUGUGUCUGAUGAGAUAGGAGGCAACUUUCAAAAUGUCUCAGGAGCAAUUGUUCCUGAGAGUUUUGAGGAGCAGAUGAUGCUGGCUAUGGCUGUUUCUCUAGCUGAGGCUAGAUCUAUGACAAGUGGACCAGGAGUCUCAUGGUAAUAGUUGUUAGUGGUGGAGUUCUAGAACAGAUGAAACUGGCAGUGACUGUUUUAGUUGAGGUUGGUGAGUGGAGCUAGGACCAGUUCACAUUGCCUUGCUUGCAGCUGGUUCAAAGUUUAAGGUACUUCCGACUCCUCUCCUUGCACUAUACUCCAUAUAUAAAAUGUUAUAAAAGGAAACACAACAGGUUAUUUGAGUUGAAUGAUUUGUUUGAUUUUCCAUUUGAUAAAAAUCCCAUGGAAAAAUGCCUUUCAGUUGUGAUAAAAGGGCAUAAAGUCGUCAUGUAAAACUGAAACCAUUAUGAAAUGUCGUCUGUGAAUAGCAAUUUCGAGUCGUCCCUUUUGCAUCAGCGCAUUCCAUUCUAGGAUAAUAGUAUUUUGUUUUAACUGGAUGUACCCGAGAUUUUUGUCCAUUGAAAGGGACAUAUGCAUACAAUUGGGCAUAAAUUCAACAUUCUUCAUUAGUGUGUA